GGCUAAGGCACUGGCACUGCACAAAGUGCUGAGGGAUCUGACAGCGCUCUCGGCCCUAGCAGACAGACACAGACUCCGGAGAGACCUGCAGGGCAGGAGGAAGUUCUUGACCGCAUUUCCUCCCUUGAGAGCAGAGGUGGGAGAGCACAUCAGGCAGCUCCACGCCCUGGCUGAGCACACUGAGGGGGUGCACAGGGGCUGCACCAUCUCCAAUGUCGUGGCCGACUCCUUCAGCACUGCCUCUGACAUCCUGGGCCUCCUGGGUCUGUUUCUGGCACCAGUGACAGCGGAGGGCAGUCUGAUGCUCUCCUCUGUUGGCCUGGGGCUGGGAGUGGCAGCUACUGUGACUAAUGCUGCCACCUCCAUCGUGGAGGGAACAAGCAGGUUUGGGGAUGAAGUUGAAGCCGGUUACCAGGCCCCACCUGGCCUGGAUGUGUUGGAGGCUGGAACAGCCGUGGGGUGGAUUGCCAGCAAGUUCCCUCAGGCUACCAGAGAUCUCACCAGAGACCUUGACGCCCUUCAGCAGCACAUGGAUGCCCUCAGGCUGGUUAGAGCCAACCCUGGCUUAGAAGAAGAUGCCAGGAUCCUUGCCACCACCGGAAGGAUCCCUGCCCAACGUGCUAGAAGGGUGCAGGCCACCUUGAAAGGAACCCCUCUGGCGAUGAGCAAUGAAGCCCGGAUCAGGAGUGCCACCAGGGCAGGUGUGUCUCUCCUGAAAGAUGUUGACAGCCUUGUGAAAAAGUCAAAGCAUUUGCAGGAAGGGGCACAGUCAGAGUCGGCUGAAGCUCUCAGGAAGCUG